AUGGAUGUGGCCAACAACACUACCUCCCCCACCGAGCAGUCCUCAGCGAGGGGCCAGGGCGCCGCGGUGACCCUCAGCUACCAGCUCCUCACCUCCCUCUUCCUGGGCACCCUCAUCCUCUGCGCCCUGCUGGGCAACGCCUGUGUGAUCGCGGCCAUAGCCCUGGAGCGCUCCCUGCAGAACGUGGCCAACUAUCUUAUAGGCUCCCUGGCCGUCACCGACCUGAUGGUCUCGGUGCUGGUGCUCCCCAUGGCCGCCCUCUACCAGGUGCUGAACAAGUGGACGCUGGGGCAGGUCACCUGCGAUAUCUUCAUCUCCCUAGACGUGCUGUGCUGCACCUCCUCCAUCCUCCACCUGUGCGCCAUCGCCCUGGACAGGUACUGGGCCAUCACCGACCCCAUAGACUAUGUCAACAAGCGGACUCCCAGGCGAGCGGCUGUGCUCAUCAGCCUGACCUGGCUCAUCGGCUUCUUGAUAUCCAUCCCUCCCAUGCUGGGCUGGCGGACACCCGAGGACAGGUCGGACCCCGACGCCUGCACUAUCAGCAAGGACCACGGGUACACCAUCUACUCCACCUUCGGCGCCUUCUACAUCCCCCUGCUACUGAUGCUGGUGCUCUACGGACGGAUCUUCAAGGCGGCCCGGUUCCGGAUCCGCAAGACCGUCAAGAAAGCGGAGAAGAAGAAGAUCGCCGACACCUGCCUGACGGUCUCCCCGGCCAGCCACCAGAGGAAAAGCAACGGGGAGCCCAGCAAGAGCUGGAAGCGGACGGUGGAGCCCAAGCCCAGCGCGUGUGUCAACGGGGCCGUGAGACACGGGGAGGAUGGAGCUGCUCUGGAGGUCAUCGAGAUCCAGCACUAUCACAACUCCUCCAAAACUCACCUGCCACUGCCCAGCGACCCCUGCAGCACCCCUCUGGCCCCAUCCUUCGAGAAGAAGAACGAGAGGAGCACCGAGGCCAAGAGGAAAAUGGCUCUGGCCAGGGAAAGGAAAACGGUCAAAACCCUGGGCAUCAUUAUGGGCACGUUCAUCCUCUGCUGGCUGCCCUUCUUCAUCGUGGCCCUGGUCUUGCCCUUUUGUGACAGUGAGUGCUACAUGCCGGACUGGCUGGGGGCAGUCAUCAACUGGCUGGGCUACUCCAACUCCCUCCUCAACCCCGUCAUCUACGCCUAUUUCAACAAAGAUUUCCAAAGUGCUUUUAAGAAAAUUAUCAAAUGCAAGUUUUGCAGGCAGUGAAGGACACUCCCUUCUCGGGGGCUCCCUGCGCUUGCUUCAUCAAACUCCACAUCUCUUCUGCUACUAGAGUAUCUGCUUGUGCCCUCCUUCCCUCCACCGGUGACCACUCUCCCCAGGACUGCGGCAGGGGCAGCUCCACUUUACCGCGCAGCACCGGAGCGUCUCCUCCUUGUUACAACACACAGCGCGCGGCAAAUCCAAGUAGUUCAGACUCUAGUGCAGCGUCUGCCAUCGUUCCACGGGGAGACAAGGCCGCUCCGGAUUCCAAUCCCUCACCUCUCAAAGCGUUACAAACGGAGUCAGCCCCUUUCUGAACUACUGCAAACUUAGCACUUGCAAUUCAGCGCUUUGGAAAACUGACUAGCACGUGUUCCUGAACUAACCUGAGCACCGUCUGCUCCUCUGAGUUUACACAGUACUCAGCCUGUGUAAUGACACCCUAUUUCGCCACUUGUAUUUAUUUUGGGUAGACCUUGGGUUUGCAGAUCGUUGCUUGUGGUCGCUGUUGACCACCUUGUCUGCCCGGGUAGCAUCGGUAAAAUAAACCAUCCUAUGCAUAAAACCUUCUUGUCUGUUUUUCUUGGAUUAAAAGAAGAUUGCAGAGCGCUCUGAGUCUAACCUAGAUCUGGUCGAGUAAGUACGAACGUGGAGGGU